UAUACAAGUCGACGACUUAUUAAGACCUUGAAGAGCAUUGCAGAACAUUUUCUCAGAAAUAAGCAUCCUUUUGAGGCCUCUCGAAGUUACCUGGUGGAAUUGUUUCAAUGGUUUGUAUUCUCAUUGGAAAAUUUGAACAUGAUGCUCUUAAUUUUAUUUAUUUCAUUUGGAACUGUGUUAUCAAAAUCCACUGCUAUUCAAAAACCAUUGAAAGAAAGCUAUUUAUUACCUGAGGGUGCUGAACUAUUAGUGGGGCCAAUAAGAUCGACCUUCAAAUGUUUUAACAAUGGCUACUAUGCUGAUGUAGAUAAUAACUGCCAAAUCUUUCACAUAUGUUAUUCAACAGAUAAUCCUGAUGGAUCGCACCAGCAACAUCAAUACAGUUUUCUAUGUGGGAACCAAACGGUAUUUAACCAAUUGACAUUCACUUGCACCUAUCCUGAAGAUGCCGUACCUUGCAUGCACGCCCAAGACUUCUAUUACUUAAACAGUCACGUAGAAGCAGCUGACCCCGAAGUCCACUUCCUAGAUGACCAAGACAUACAGCGGGCUGCACCUCUUAUGGGACCCGAUGUGUUUUCUAGAAGAGUAGAGAAACCCGUCCAACACUACGAGCCUGUAAGAAGAAGAUUUGACUUUGAAUAGAAAUGUUGAUGCUUCUGAUAUUUGAGACACCGGAUUCAUUUUGACCAACGGAAAACUGUCGUAUUUUAACGUGCAUUUGUUUAAUCAUUUCAUCUUUGUCAUUAAAUCAAAAUCAUUUCAUUUUGUGGAAAUCUAUCUGAAACUGCUUAAUUAAUUUGUUUUAAAAAACGUAAUAAUAAUCAACUAGUUUUA